AGUAGCACCUGGGAACGAGUGUUGUCAUUCGGAGGUGGAGGAAGAGAGUUGGGAAGGAAGUAGUAGCAAUUAGCGAUGGCGUACAUGAGCAUGGGAGAAGCUCACAGAAGGAUAACAGAGUAUCUGAAUCGCUUUUCCGACGCCGUUUCGUCGCAAGAUGGAAGUUCGUUCAAGUCUCUCUUUGCUCUCUCCUCCAAUUCCCCUUACCUUCUCUCUCUCGCCGACGCUCUCAAUCUCUUCCAAGACGCCAACAGACUCAUCAAACAAUCGGAAAACUAUUCUCAGUUCGCCGACAUCCUCGUUCCCCUAUUCCGAUCCCUCCAAAACUACCGCCAGAACAACUUGCUCGAAGCCUAUAACGCUUUCGAAAAAACCGCCAAUGCGUUUAUCCAGGAGUUUCGCAAUUGGGAAUCCGCGUGGGCUCUGGAAGCUUUGUACGUCAUUGUUUACGAUAUUAGGGUUCUUGCGGAGAAGGCUGAUAAAGAAUUGGCUUCCAAUGGGAAGUCUCCUGAGAAGCUGAAAGGCGCUGGUUCCGUCCUUAUGAAAGUUUUUGGCACCCUUGCGGGAAAAGGCUCUAAGCGUGUUGGAGCGUUAUAUGUAACUUGUCAAUUAUUCAAGAUUUACUUUAAGCUUGGCACAGUUCACCUUUGUCGUAGCGUGAUAAGAAGCAUUGAAACUGCACGUAUAUUUGAUUUUGAGGAAUUUCCCAAAAGAGACAAGGUUACUUACAUGUACUAUACCGGUCGUCUAGAAGUAUUCAAUGAAAAUUUUUCUGCUGCUGAUUAUAAAUUAUCGUAUGCCCUGAAGUAUUGCAAUCCUCAAAGUACAGCCAAUAUAAGGAUGAUACUUAAACAUCUAAUUCCAGUGAAGCUUUCGAUAGGUAUAUUACCUAAAAUCAGUCUCUUGGAGAAGUACAAUCUACUUGAGGUAUGUCAGUAUAUUAAUAUUGUACAAGCUCUAAGAAGGGGUGACCUUCGGCUUCUUCGACGUGCACUCCAAGAUCAUGAAGACCGGUUCUUGAGAUCAGGCGUAUAUCUUGUCCUGGAGAAGUUAGAACUUCAAGUUUACCAGAGAUUAGUAAAGAAGAUUUACAUCAUUCAAAAGCAGAAGGACCCAAACAGAGCUCACCAGGUGAAGUUAGAUGUUAUUGUUAAAGCGUUGAAAUGGCUUGAAAUUGAUAUGGACGUGGAUGAGGUAGAGUGUAUAAUGGCCAUUCUUAUAUUUAAGAAUCUUAUGAAAGGUUACUUUGCCCACAAAAGCAAAGUGGUUGUAUUGAGCAAGCAAGAUCCUUUCCCUAAAUUAAAUGGAAAACCUGUCAAUUCUUAGGGACAAUGUCAUUCAUUCAUGACUGAAAUUCAGAGGGGGUGAGGAAGAAUGCUAAUGACCUGGUGACUGUGACAGUUUUUUCAACCGUAAGUUAUUGUAUUGAAUGCUUGAGAAUUCUCCCAAACAUUUGGGUCAUCAAAAUAUCACAGCGCUGCUUCACUUUAAAAGCAAAUUCAUCAGUAUUUUGUUUAGACGAUGCUAACUCCCACACAUUGAAUUGUAGUUUAGCUUCCACUUGUAUGCUGCAAAGAUGCUAGGUGGAAAUAAACUGUUGAAGAUGCUGCUGACCUAGUUGCAAUAACCUAACCUCUUGUCCUGGUGUUAUGGAUCUUUGUCGAUGCUGGACAUACAAAAUUGUGAUUUUUCAUGUGUGUUUGCUUUCUACUCUGCCUAAUCACCACUGAUAAAUUCUAAAGUUAAAGCUGCAGCUGGUUAUUUUUUCUUUGUCUUAAUCUCCUAAUAUCUUCUCUGUUUUCUGAAAACGUUGAGAUAUUUUCGAAGUUUUGCAGCUGUAUGUGUUGGAUGAUACUCGAAUUCUUUUGUCUACUGUAACAAAAAACUAGUUGUAUCGAAGAUCCAGAGAUAUAUUUAUCAGACAUUGAAGUCGUGCAUGAUUCGUGUGAUCCACUGAUAAAGCAUGCCAUGAUCUUGUUGCAAUU